AUGGCCGCGGCCGCAACAUUCGCUUCAGCGCAAACCACGUCUUCCUCAUCAUCAAUGGUCACCAGCGGAGCCAGCACACCAACCAACCAAGGCCCCAUGCCCGCCCCCUCACCAACCGUCGUCGCGCCCGCCGGCUCCCUCCCCCUCGGCGCCGAAUGCAACCCCUUCGUCACCCCCAGCCAGUGCGCAAACGGCGUCCAAUGCUGGGCCAGCAACGCCAUGCUGAUCGCCCAAUGCGGAAACUUCAACGCCGAAUGCGACAGCGACGCGCAGUGCGCCUACAACAUCUGCAGCGGCGGCCUUUGCAGAGGAUUCAAGCCAUCCAGCGAGUUCCCCGUUAAGCCGUCGACUGCGAUGAGCCCCAUUCCUGCUGCCAGUACGGUUUAUGCUAGUUCCAUGGCUCCUGUGCCUUCUGGUUCUAUGGCGCCUAUGCCUUCUGGUGCUGUGCCUCCUAUGCCUCCUAGCUCGAUGGUAGCUAUGCCCUCAGGAACGAUGGAACAUAUGCCAUCUGGUAUUGUGCCCCCGCACAUGAUCAACGGUACUAUGACCAUGGUGCCCACUGGAACUGGUGCUAUGCCCACUGGACCCGCAAACGCGACUUCAACUGGCGCUCCUCAGUUUACUGGUGCUGCUGCCGUUGACAACGUUGCUGGCGGUGUUAUGGCUGUUGUCUUUGGUGCCGUUGCUUGGGCUUUGUAG